AGAGAGAGAGAGAGAGAGAGAGAGAGAGAGAGAGAGAGAGAGAGAGAGAGAGAGAGAGAGAGAGAGAGAGAGAGAGAGCGAGAGAGAGAGGGUAAGAGAAAGAGAAAGAUUUCCUGAUUUCUAGGGUUAGGUAUCGAUGAUGAACAAAAGGAGUAGUUCUGGUGGAGGGCAAAGUUCUUUAGGGUACCUGUUUGGGUCAGAUGACUUAGGGAAACAACAAUACGAUCAAUCUAAAGUAUCACCACCACCAGUUUGUAUGCCGCCAUAUGGCACUGAUGAUACUGAUCAGAAGUCACCGGAAAAAGCCCUAACUCCUAUUACCAAGAAAGGUGACUCCACCUCUCCCAAGAAAUAUAUAUAUCAUGGAGAUGGUAAUAAAUCAAAAGAGUUUUUGGUGACUGGCCGACCAUCGACAAAGGUCAACUCAGUUCCUGGUGGAGAUUCAUCUCUUGGCUACUUGUUUGGAGAUAAGUGAUGAUCAUUAUAGUCUUAUAUAUAACUAUUUUAUAUAUUAUAAAGAUGAAAAGAUGAUUAUCAAAAGAUAUAAUUCGUAUCCGUGUUGGAGCUUGAAAUCAAAACCGGUGAAUAAUGAUGUCAUUUUCCGAUGCAUUAGGGCGUUUUCCUCAGAAAUUAAUGUCUAUCUAAAAUGGCGAAAUUCCUGUAGGGUAACAUUGAGAAGGGCAAGUUUGGAAUUUUCUUGCUUUACUUGGAGUGACCGAAGAGGUUUAGGGUUGUGAAGGGUGUGCCGUCGUGUUUGUUAAUAUUUAAUUACAUUUUCUGUGUGUUAUAAUUAUUUGAAUAUCAAGAAAAUAAUCUGAAAUGAAUGUGUGCACUAUUAUGAAAUAAAAAAUUUAUUAUUGUUA